UGAGCGACGCCGUGGAGGAGCGAGAGAAAGACGAAGCAGCGGACAAAAAAAACACACAAUGGCGACGGCGGCGACAACGGCAGGCGGAACGGGCUCAGGCGGACCGGCCACCGGCCCGGUCGGCGGCGGGACCGCAGUGGGCCGAAAGAAAGACGGCGGCCCGUCUACCAAAUUCUGGGAGAGUUCAGAGACCGUGUCCCAGUUCGAGACGGUGCGGCAGUGGAUCGGAAAGCACUACAAGAAGUCUGUCCAGAAUGACUCCCCAUCCAGUAAAUCCUUGGCGGGUCUGGUGGUCCAGCUGCUGCAGUUCCAGGAAGACGCAUUUGGUCGCAGGGUCAACAACCCUGCUCUUACCAAGCUACCUGCCAAGUGUUUCCUGGAUUUCAAGGCAGCUGGUGCCCUCUGUCACAUCUUGGGGUCGGUCUACAAGUUCAAGAGCGAGCAGGGCUGGCGUAGAUUUGACCUGCAGAACCCUUCCCGGAUGGACAGGAACGUGGAAAUGUUCCUAAAUGUAGAGAAGAACUUGGUCCAGAACAACUGCUUGACUCGACCAACCGUCUUCCUGUCGCCGGACAUCGAGCAGAAACAAGCCAGUAAGCUCAAAGACAUCAUCAAAAGGCACCAGGGCUCCAUUACGGAUGACAAGUCGAAGGCCACCCACCACAUUUACCCCACUCCAUCCCAACAAGAAGAAGAAGAGUGGCUUCGUCCCGUCCUGAGGAAAGACAAGCAGGUGCUGGUUCACUGGGGCCUCUCCCCAGACAGCUAUGAUACCUGGGUAUCCGUCAGCGAGGUGGACGGAGACGUGGAGGACCCACCCGGCACCGACAGACCAUGGAAGGUCCACGCCAAGUGGGUUUUAGACACGGAUGCCUUCAACGAGUGGAUGAAUGAAGAAGACUACGAGGUGGACGACAACAAGAAGCCAGUCAGCUUCCGCCAGAAGAUCUUCCCCAAGGAGGAGGAGUCUUCCCGUACACCCGAUCGCAAGGAGCGCAAGGCCAACUCUGCCAGCAAGAAGAGGAGGCGCUCGCCCUCGCCGCCCAGCACUCCGGCCGAGUCCCGCAAGAAGGGAGGAAAGAAGGGGAACCAGGGGCCUCACUGGAAGCGCCGGGGCCACAGGGGCGAGGAGGAGGACACGGAGGAGGACAUGACCAAGGACAUGGACGACUCCUCGGCCGGCGCCAGCAUGGAGGAGGGCAGCGUGUCCAAGAACGCCAAUUCAAAGAAAGACAGUGAGAAUACUCCAGUGAAAGGAGGGAAUGUGGCCGAUAUGGAUGACCUGGAGGACGACUCCGUGCUGUCUGGUGGAAAGGACGAUGAGGAGCAGGGCAAAGCUGAAGUCAACCGGCUGAUGGACUCCAGCGAGGACAACGUGACGGAGCAGACUCACCACAUCAUCAUCCCCAGCUACGGCGCCUGGUUCGACUACAACUGCAUCCAUGAGAUCGAGAGAAGAGCCCUGCCCGAGUUCUUCAACGGGAAGAACAAGUCCAAAACUCCAGAGAUAUACCUGGCCUACCGCAACUUCAUGAUCGACACCUAUCGGCUCAACCCUCAGGAGUACCUCACCUCCACCUCCUGCCGCAGGAACUUGACCGGAGAUGUCUGCGCCAUCAUGAGGGUUCACGCCUUCUUGGAGCAGUGGGGUUUGGUGAACUACCAGGUCGACUCCGAGAGUCGCCCGUUACCCAUGGGCCCCCCGCCCACACCCCACUUCACCGUGCUGGCUGACACCCCGUCCGGCCUCAUGCCCCUGAACCACAGACCCCCACCGAUUCCCCCCCAGCAGCCAAUGCCCAACUUCGCAGACAAAGGCAAAGACAAGUCCAUCGACCUGCAGAACUUCGGCCUUCGCACCGACCUCUACAACAAGAAGAACUUCAAGGGUAAACUGGUCAACUCCACCCGGGAUUGGACCGAGCAGGAAACCCUCCUGCUGCUGGAGGCCCUCGAGAUGUUCAAAGACGACUGGAACAAAGUGUCCGAGCACAUCGGUUCGCGCACCCAGGACGAGUGCAUCUUGCACUUCCUGCGCCUUCCCAUUGAGGAUCCGUACAUGGAGAGCACCGAGGCCUCCCUGGGCCCUCUGGCCUACCAGCCCAUCCCCUUCAGCCAGUCCGGAAACCCCGUCAUGAGCACAGUCGCCUUCCUGGCCUCCGUGGUCGACCCCAGGGUGGCGUCUGCCGCCGCUCGGGCAGCUUUAGAGGAGUUCUCCCGUGUGCGCGAGGAGGUGCCGGCCGAGCUGGUGGAGGCUCACGUGAAGAAGGUGCAGGAAGCGGCCCGCAGCACAGGGAAGGUGGACCCCGCCUUCGGCCUGGAGAGCAGCGGCAUCGCCGGCACCGCCCCCGAAGAACCCGAAAAGACUGAAGCCCCCGAGGCGGAGAAGAUGGACACGGACACGGACUCCCAGCAGGCCGACAAGGCGGAGUUGAAGGACGAGGCCGAGAAGCCCAGCGAGUCCGCGGAGAAGAGCGACAAGACGGACGCCGUCGACAAGGUGAAGAAGGAGGGGUCGGAGGCGUCGGAGCGCGAGGAGGAGAGCGAAGAGGGAGGCGACGCAAAGACGACUCCAGCAGACAAAGAGAAGGAAGAGUCCAUGGAGACGUCGCCCUCCGAGCAGGAGAAGGAGAAGGAGGAGAAGGCGGCUAUCGGCGAGGGAGACGAGAAAAGGAAGAAGCUGGAGCACGACAUCGGAGAGGGGAACAUCGCCACCGCGGCCGCCGCUGCAUUGGCGUCGGCUGCCACCAAGGCCAAGCACUUGGCAGCGGUGGAGGAGAGGAAGAUCAAGUCCCUGGUGGCCCUGCUGGUGGAGACCCAGAUGAAGAAGCUGGAGAUCAAGCUGAGGCACUUCGAGGAGCUGGAGACCAUCAUGGACCGGGAGAAAGAGGCGCUGGAGCUCCAGCGGCAGCAGCUCCUCACCGAGCGCCAGGCGUUCCACAUGGAGCAGCUCAAAUACGCCGAGAUGAAGGCGCGGCAGCAGAUGGAGCAGCAAGCAGCCGCCGCCGCCGCCGCGGCAGCAGCCGCCGCCGCCCAGGCUCAAGGGCAAGGGCAGCAGGCUCCCGGAUCCGGGCCCCACUCCGGGCCGCCUCCGUCGGGCAUGCACCCCGGAGGGCCCCACCACGGAGGGCCCCCACCCAGCGGUGCCAUGCACCCCGGCUACCCGCCGAUGGGUCACCACCCAAUGGGCCCCCACCACCCCGGGCAGACAGGACCGAUGGGACCCGGCCAGCCGAUGCCGGGACGCAUGAUGACCGGCCCGCCUUCUGGCGGCCCCCCCCCUGGUGGCAUGGCUCCCAUGAUGCCCCCCCGCCAUCCCGGAGCUCCCAACGGCAUGUACCCCGGUCCUCCUGCUGCUCAGGCUGAAGCGGUGCCUCCGCUUCCUCUGGGUCCUCCAGCGCCCGCGAGUGGACGAGUGGCUGACAACUAAGACACACACACACACGCACACACACACACACACACAACUAGCUCAAUCUCUGAAGCUCUUUUUGUUUUUGAUCCCUUUGCUACUGGCUCGUCAUGUUUCCCCUCAACACUCAAAACUACAGUUAACUUCAUCACACACACACUCUCAGGGUUCAGUGGCAAGGGUAACCCAGUUUCACACACACACACACACACACACACACACACAUCCAGACUUCCUCUCAGGGCACAGCGGAAAGGGUCGUCUAGUAAUGAACACUGUUUUCUGCUCCGUUGGCCGGAGAGAACGACUCGUGUACAGAAAACACAACAAGCCGUCUUUCUCACCUUCUCUUCUCUUUUCCUGUUUUUAAAAUUACACUGUAAACCCCCCCCCCCCCCCACCCCCCCCCACACCUCCUCUUGUCUGGCGCCUCUUUCUGCAAGCCGAGCACUAGGGGGAGCUAGUGAGACCAGACCUGCGUGUGCGCUGAGCAACCUGAGCUGUAACACACACACACACACUAGGCGUAGCAGGUUAUUCAGAUAACACACACACACACACACACAGCUUGUCCUGGCUCGUGUCUUGUCGAGUAUCUACCUCUCGCUCCUCUUUAAACUGUAGUUCUGUGUGUGUUCAGAGGGGGAUGGGGGGGAGGGGGGGGGGGUUCAUGGUGGUUCACUCACUCACUUGACGACCGUCGCCACACUUUGUGCGUCUUGUGUAAUCUUCGGUCAAAAGAAGCACAAAUUAGGGAAACGAGGCCGGCGAUGUCGUCUUCUCCUCCGUUCCUUUGACCAAAACAAAGAUGGCACGGUGGAGUUUUGCCAAAUUAGACAUAAUUUUGUUUCCCUUGAUUUAAUAUAAAAGGAUAUUAAAUUUAAGUUGUCUUAAUUUCCUAAAAUAAGACCAAAACUCUCUGUGCCCCCCCCUCCUUCCCCCAAUUGUUUUUUAAAGGCUCAGUGAUUUCCUAAAACAGCUGGUUGCUGUAAUUUUAAACAAAGCCUUGGUUUUGGGGAAUAUCUUCAACAAUGGUUUUUGAUAUUUACUCAAACUGAACGCGUGUGUUUGUGGUAACGAAGGAACCCGGAGGAACCGGUUCAUGGUCGCUUGAUUUAAAAAAAAAUAAAAAAAAUCAAUAAUAAGACCGGCCGUAUCUUUUUUUUAAACGUCAAAGCAAAAAGUCUCGCAGCACGAUAACACACACACACACACACACACACUGAACUUCACACAGCCUUUACAGAGGAGGGAUACGCUGUUUUUUGAUUAGUCGAGAAAGUAAUCAACCCCAUUUUUUUUAUUUAAUUUUUUAAUCAAAUGAAUUGUUUAGUCAUGAGAUUUAAAGCUGGAACCGGCAGUUAUUUCAUACAAUAACAAAGAAACUAAAAUAAUACCCGUUCCUCAGCACUGGUUACUGUAUCCCAGUCGUCAUGGUUUCUAACUGGUUUCUAACUGGUUUCCUCAGACGUCGCCCUUCAGUUUUAAUGUGAAGCGUCUCCUCCGUCAGUAUCUCUCUAUCUCUUCUAGAAGUCUUUCUCUUAGCUGUGUGCUACCUCUGCUUUCUUUUCACCACACACACACACACACACACACACACCUCCUUUCCCAUUCAACACCAUACUGCUUGUUAUGUAAUAUCACCUAAAUAUGAGGACCCCCCCCCCCCCCCUUACAUAUAUUAUCUUUAAUCGAUACUUCUUUGUGUUAACGGUAAUGUAUUUUUUAAGGAGAAGUUUUGUGUAGAUGGAAGUUAUCUCUUGUUCUUUGGAAGUUUGUAGAAUUAUUUUGUUUUGUUUUGUUUUUUUUGUAUGAGGUCUGUCGGUACUUUGGACCUAGACGCUGUCGAAUAAACUGUUUUGUAUGA